AUGAUGAGGAGAGUUAGAGCCCUGUCGCGGCUCACGGCGCUCUCGGCGCGCCCGGGCGCCAGGCCUCUCGUAUCAGCAUCGCGGGUGAGCCUUACGCCGUCGACAUCGGCCACACCGAUAGCUCUUCCCCAUCGCGGCAUCGUGCCCGGAGUGCGCGCCUUUGCCGCAUCGUCCAAAGCCAGUACCGAGGGCGUGGGCCCAGAUGGCCGGAGAACAAAGAUAGACAUGUCCCAAUUCCCUCCGGAGAGGAUACGAAACCUAUCCAUCAUCGCGCACAUCGACCACGGCAAGUCGACGCUCGCGGAUCGGCUGCUCCAGAUGACCAACACCCUUCCUCCCGAAUCCUCUCCCCAGUUCCUUGACAAACUCAAGGUCGAGCGUGAACGCGGCAUCACAGUCAAGGCGCAGACGGUUUCGAUUAUCCACACGCACACUGACGGCAAAAAGUACCUGAUCAACCUGAUCGACACCCCGGGGCAUGUCGAUUUCAGCUACGAAGUGUCGCGCAGUCUGGGAGCAUGCGAGGGCGGCCUGCUGCUUGUCGACUGCACGCAGGGUAUCCAGGCCCAGACGCUCUCCGUGUUCCACCACGCGCUCGAGGCCAACCUCACCCUGUUGCCCGUCAUCAACAAGGUCGACCUCCCUCAUGCCGAGGCCGAUCAGACUUCGGAGCAGAUUGCCAGCUCGCUUGGUUUGCCAAAGGAGGACCACAUGCGGAUCAGCGCCAAGAGCGGUCUCGGCGUCGAGCAUGUGCUCAAUCAGAUCAUCGACGGUCUGCCUCCACCUCGCUGGGACGACAGUGACAAGCGCCUGCGUGCUCUUGUCUUUGACACUUUCUAUGACCGUUUCCGUGGCGUCGUCUCCUUAGUUCGCGUCAUGUCCGGGUCGAUCAAGAAGGGCGACAAGGUCAAGUUCCUCCAGACUGGCAAGAAGUACGACGUCCUCGACGUCGGCAUCAACAACCCAGACGAGGUGCCAGUAGACGCUUUGCGAGAGGGACAGGUUGGAUACCUGGUUUGCAACAUGAAGAACUCGGAAGAGGCGCACAUCGGUGAUACGAUCGCAUAUGUCGACAAGAGCGUCGACGCCUUGCCAGGCUUCAAGCCCAUGAAGGCCAUGGUGUACGCCGGCGUGUUCCCCACCGACAGCGCCGAGUUUACGGUGCUUGAAGAGGCUAUCAACAGGCUCACGCUCAACGACCGCUCCGUCUCCGUGGAAAGGGAGUCGUCCGCCGCCCUCGGCCAGGGCUUCCGUCUCGGCUUCCUCGGAACGCUUCACAUGGACGUGUUCCGACAGCGCCUCGAAGACGAGUAUGACUCUGAAGUCAUCGUCACUGCUCCUACCGUGCCGUACAAGCUCGUGUACAGGGACGGCAAAGAAGAGUACAUCUCCAACCCUGCCGAGUUUCCCGACGUGACCGACACGCGGUUCAAGGUUGAGCGCGUCGAAGAGCCCAUGGUUAACGCAACAAUCUUUGUGCCCAACGACUACAUUGGCGACAUGAUGGACCUGUGUUCCAAGUACCGCGGCGUCCAGCUCGAGUACAAGUUCCUCGAAGGAACUGACCGUGCCAUCCUGCGGUACUCGUUGCCUCUGUCCGAGAUUGUCACCGACUUUUUUUCCGACCUCAAGAGUGCGAGCUCGGGGUUUGCAUCGUUUGACUACGAGGAAGCCGGAUACGAGGCAUCCAACCUCGUCAAGCUCAACAUCUUGCUUAAUGCCAAGCCUGUUGACGCCCUUGCCAUGAUCGUCCACCGCCCCGCCGCGCCCGCCAUCGGAAGGGUCUGGACCAAGAAGCUCAAGGAGGUGCUCCCUCGCCAGCUGUUCGAGCUGUCCAUUCAGGCCGCUGUUGGAAACAAGGUCGUCUCGCGUGAGACUCUGUCUGCCAUGCGCAAGGACGUCACCGCCGGGCUGUACGGAGGCCACUACGAGCGCAAGAUGAAGCACCUCAACAAGCAGAAGGAAGGAAAGAAACGCCUCAAGAAACUCGCAGGCAACAUUGACAUUCCCCAAUCGGCUUUCUUCCAGGUGCUCUCCGCGCGCCCAAGAUCGUUCACGACGUCUGCGAGGUUUCACGUUCAGGCUCACCACGACUGGUUGACCACUGAGCUCCCACCGUCGCCUCCUCCUCUCCCAAAGCGUCGCGCGGCAGCCGGUUCGAACCGAUACUCACUACCUCACAUCUCCCCCCAGCAACGUUCGUCAAUGCUUUCCGACAUUCACGUCCAGAUAACCGAGCAGGCGCCUGGGUCGUCGGAAAACCUCUUCAACGACUUUAGUCGACUUUAUCUGUCAUCAACGAGUCACUCAUUCACGCCAGUCGAGCUAAAGGCGAUUGCGAAAGCGAUGCACGUGAUGGACAGGCGACACCUCUAUCACGUCCGCGACGCCAACGACCGUCUGAAAACAGUUGCCGGUGCGCUCAAGGACACUGUGCGCCGUGAAUACACCGCUGUUCAUGGGCUGGAGGCGGCACUGUUUGUGUCUGCCGCUCGUCACCGCCGCAGCUUUACGAACAAGGAUCUACGCCAGGCUGAAAGGCACUUUGAGCACCGGUUCCCAAAGGUCCCCGACGAUGAUGUCCGCCUCCAUGAGUACAAAGUCUCCAUCAACCACAUGCUGUAUCUGUGCCUCGUGGCAAAGGACAUUCCACGAUACGACAAGUUUUGGCACCGAAUGAUCGCGUCCGGCAUCGAGCCCGGAAGCUGGGCCAACCUCACUCGUAUUCUCGCUGCCGGGAUGGGCCCCAGCCCCCGCUCCGUCGUGGACGAGCUGGCAAAAGCGCUGCGCGUCACCGAAGACCCCGACAACGCGGUGAUUCUUGUCAACGCAGCCAUCUGGCUGAGGGUGAAAGCUGGCGACAUGGAGACUGCGUACAAGCUCUACAACGGCCUGCGUUCCCGCCCAAGUCGGUUUCACCAGCCCCCUCCCGACGACGACGCCAUCUCGUCCAUCGACUUUGCGCGCCUCCGCCCCUCGCGCUACACGUACCCAAUGAUGGUGAAUGGGCUGGGAUGGCGCGGUGACCUCGUCGCGGCCCUCAAGGUGCUCCGCGAGAUGAUCGACGACGGACAUGUCCCGCGAAUCCACGAUUACACUGGGCUGUUCCGCGGCUUUGCCAAGUACGGCGAGGUGCCGUCUGGCCCCGCAGGGGGAGCCACGUCCGCCUUUCCCCUCUGGCUCAACUUUGGAUCGCCGAGCCAGCUGACGAGCGUGUGGAGCACCCGCCGGUCGGAAUUUUUGCCGUCUUUCGGCGGCUGGACGCUUGAUGCGCUCGAAGACGUGUUCCACUCAUUCCUGUCGGCCCGGCUUCCCGCAAACGCUUCGCGCUCGCAACAGCCCACGGAGAAGCUCAUCUACUAUAUCCUCGUGGCGUUUGCGCGCACGACCAACGCCGACGAGACAACUGUGCGCGCCACGCUCGACGCGCUGACGAAGAAGUUCGGGCCGAACAACCCAGAGGGUUGGGAGGGAUGGAAUGAGUCGAGCCGGAUUAUGAAGAUCCGCGAAGUGCUUGCGAAGCAGGGGGCGUCGCGGCGGCCUCAGGGAGGGCCGUAGGUGCGCACCUCGCCUCGGAGAUGAUGUCCGAUGCACCUCCAGCACGUCGGCGCGUCAAGCCAUCUCUAAGCCAUAUCUUGCAUAGAUUGUAUACCCUGCAUAACAAUGACACGAGCAUGCACUGUACGUCAUACACAAGGGGCAUGGUAGUGCUGCUGCUCCUGAGCGGCGGGGCCACCCCCCGCGCUCUCCGCCUCUGGGCCCGCUGCCUUCUUACAGCUCAAUAUCCUCGUCGUCGUACGCCUCCUUGAUGAUGCGGUAGAUGUAGGACGGGGGGUGGUCGCCGACAUUAGUCGCGUACAGGUUGAUGAGCUCGGGGCGGAUGUAGUCGUAGUGUGGGUCGGUCACCUCGACGCCCUCAAAGCCGCCGCCGCCGCCCGUGUGGUCGUAGCCGAUGACGGGGCCAGGGCCCUGGAAGUCGAGCGCGUCGUACUCGUGGUACAGGUUCCACACUGGGGCAAACUUGAACUGGCCCGUGGUGACGACGACGGGCUUUGCGUGCGUCUUGGCAGCGAGGACGGCGGCAAGCGAGCCGGCGAGCGCGAAGAGGCCGCCGUUCGCCGAGACCGAGUGCGCGCCGAGAAUGACCUUUGUCACUCUGGGCAUGAUGGCGUGGAGAGACGCAUCGGGAAUAAGAAUCGUCGGAAUACCAGCCGUGGCCAGGUUGCCUGCCAUUGCCUGGCCGAGGAAGCUGGGCGCCGACUCGAGCACAAUGACUGUAAACUUUCUGUCUCUAAACGCCUGCUUGAGGAACGCCUCGACGGUGCGCGAGUGGCCAAGGGUAAGAAUCACCUCGGACGAGUGGAUGUGCUCCUUUGCUCCCCUGGCCACGUCCUCGUGUGUCGUCUCGAGCUCGUUGAUGACCUCGUCAAUGGCCUGAAUGAGGACGGGCUUGAGCUUGCCGGCCUGGCGCGCAAACUCGGCGUUCUCGCGCGCCUGCUGCGCCUCCCACUCGUCCACGUCGAGCGGGCCAGAGCGGCUCCCGCGGUGGCCUGGCGGGGUAGCAAACAGGCUGUUGGUGCUCGCGCUAAAGUCGAGCACCGAGCCCUGGCGCUCCAGGCCCGAGCGCUCGAGUUGCACGCGCGAGUGACGCAUGGCGACAAAGUUGGACAGGCUCGCC